CGGCUCCCUUCGCGGCCAGCGUGGAGAGCCAAGGGCAAGGGCCGGCGGAAGAGCUCGGGCGGGGGCCGAACGGGAAGACGAGUCGCUAGCGAGGAAAGAGCCGUGGCCGCGACUAGCGCGGUGCGGGGGGGCCGCGGCCGGCGCCGCUGAGAGCAAGGGCAGCGCUGGCUGAGGACUAGGAACCGACGCGCACGCAGCCGGGGCUGCGCAGGCAGGCGGGAGCGGCCGACGGAAGCCGGCGGGCCCCGGGAGUCCGCGCAGCCGCAGCUCGGCCGGACCAUGCGAGGGCGGCGCGCGAGCAGGACCCUCGCCUCCGCGCUGCUGCGCAGGCAGCCCCAGGCCGCGGGAGCCGGCGCGGCAGCGGCCGCUAACAGACCCUGCCCGGGGGCAGCCCUGAGCCGCUCCUCGGGCAGGCCGCAGCCCAAGGCCUUCGACCCGGCUGUGCUGGAGUUCCUGGUCUGCCCGCUCUCCAAGCAGCCGCUGAGGUACGAAGCAUCCACCAAUGAACUAAUUAACAAAGAGCUGGGCAUCGCGUAUCCGAUCAUUGAUGGCAUUCCUAAUAUGAUCCCUCAGGCCGCAAGGAUGAUUGAUAGAAAGGCCCAGGGUGAGGAACCGAAGCAAACCUAGAUAGCCGUUAUCAUUCAAAACAAAACCUGAAGACUAACCUACGCCCACAGUAACUGGGAAAGAAAGAUGUUUCUGUCACUGCCUACGCUAACUGUACUUGUUCCACUGUUGUCCUUAGCGGGUCUGUUUUAUUCAGCCAGUGUGGAUGAAAAGUUCCCAGAGGGCUGCACCAGCACAACCAGCUUGUGUUUCUACAGUCUGCUUCUUCCUAUUACCAUACCAGUUUACGUGUUCUUUCACCUUUGGACCUGGAUGGGUAUUAAACUUUUUAGACACAACUGAUAAGGCAAAAAGCUUGACAGGCACCACAAAAAUAGACUUGCCAACCUUGUGGCUGCUCGAAGAGAGCAAUAUAUCUUCACCUACCCACACCCUAAUAUUCCAUGCACUUGCAAUAGUCUCCUAGCAUAAGUGGUGGUCUUUAUUAAUCUCCCAAUGAUGCCUGAAAAUGUAACUUUCUGCACAAGCCUUGAUGCACAAUGGCCUCAUUACUGCUGAGAGAGAUAAUUAAACAACAUUUCUCUUUUUCCUCCUCCAUGUUAGCGUGUCCCCUCAAAACCUAUGGGUGUAUUGUAAGGCUAUGCUACUAGCCCGUCAAAGCUGUUGUGUCUCUUUGAAAAGAAUAAAUGUUGUGCACUGCUUGAGACGAAUUUUUUUAAAUAAGUUAUGGCGAGUUUCACUAUGCCUCUUUAAAUGAGCAGCACUGUAAUUCAGUAGUUGCCUUGCUGCUUUGAACUGAUGUCUGCAGUAGAAUGCAUUUGUCUUACUGUACUAUGGAAAUAAUGGAGUACAAUACAUCAAACCUUGUA